CCGCAGAAUAAGGAGGACUUAAAUAUAUGCAUCCAAAAGGGAUACGAAGAUGGUGAAGGGUCUGGAGAGGAAGAUUGUGCCGUGCAACUGCUGUCCGUUGGUGCGCUCAGCCCAGAGCAGGGAAGUGCAGCUGUAUGCGUGGGCAGCGAUAGGCCUGAAGGCUCGCACGAAGUGAUGGGCUCUCUCCAGGGGUCAGCAAGGACUGGUGGCAGUACUGCCCGGGCUGGGAUACUCGGUCUGGAGAGGCUAAGUAGCACACAAAAUUAUGGUAUUGAAAAAAUAACGAAGACAAAAGAACACAUAGAAAAGAUGCUCCAUCUUCACAGUGGACACUUCUCACUGCUUCCUGACAUCAGCCCGUUGAGUGUUUCAUACUCCAUCGCUCUGAAAUGGGGUCCAUUCGUUGUCUGUGAUCCCUCUGAAGGUGGAAGACUCUGCUUCUUAUCAGCAGUCUUUAUAGAAUGAACACGCGUCACUUGUGAGACAUUUGCUAGUGGUCUGGCUCGCUGAAAAUAUAAAGUCAUGUCAAGCCAUGCCUCAAAAAAAGAAAAACGGUUUCUUUUUACUUCAGAAUCUGUUGCAGAAGGACAUUCUGACAAAAUGUGUGAUCAGAUAAGUGAUGCUGUUUUAGAUGCUCAUCUCAGUAUUGAUCCAGAUGCCAAGGUUGCCUGUGAAUGUGUGGCAAAAACUGGAAUGAUUUUGCUUUGUGGAGAGAUCACAUCCCGGGCUAUAGUAGAUUACCAACAAAUAGUAAGAGAGACCCUUAAGAGGAUAGGGUAUGAUGACUCUUCUAAAGGAUUGGACCAUAAGACUUGCACAGUUCUAGUGGCCUUAGAGCAACAGUGUCAAGAGAUCAAGCACGCUGUCUCCCAUGGCAAGAGUGACAAUGACAUUGGAGCAGGGGAUCAGGGUUUGAUGUUUGGCUAUGCCACUGAUGAAACUGAGGAAUGUAUGCCCUUAACAGUCCUCCUGGCACAUAAGCUUACUUCAAGGAUAAAGGAUCUGGAACGAAAUGGAACAUGGCCCUGGGUUAGACCAGAUGGAAAAACACAGGUCACUAUGGAAUACAAGGAGAGUGAUGGAGCAGUGGAACCCAUCCGAGUGCAUACAGUUGUGAUCUCAGUACAUCAUGCCCCAGAUGUACCUCUACAACACAUACAAAAGGAGCUAAUGGAGAAAGUUGUUAAAGAAGUCAUUCCAGAGAAGUAUCUCGAUGAAGACACAAUUUAUCAUCUCCUUCCAAGUGAGAAAUUUGUAGAAGGUGGUCCUAAGAGUGAUGCUGGUCUGACUGGUAGGAAGAUCAUUGUUGAUACAUAUGGAGGUUGGGGAGCCCAUGGUGGAGGAGCUUUCUCUGGAAAAGACCCAUCCAAAGUUGAUCGUUCUGCAGCAUAUGCAGCUCGAUGGGUUGCAAAAUCUCUGGUGAAAGCUGGUCUCUGUAGAAGAGUAUUAAUACAGCUAUCAUACGCUAUUGGUCUGAGUCAUCCUCUUGCAAUCUCUGUGUUUCAUUAUGGAACCUCAGACAGAUCUGAAGAAGAGCUGCUUGAGAUUGUACAGAAAAACUUUGAUCUACGUCUUGGAGCUAUCAUAAGGGAGCUGGAUUUGAAGAGGCCAAUCUAUCAAAAAACAGCAUGCUAUGGGCACUUUGGGAGAGAAGAAUUUACAUGGGAAAUACCCAAAAAGCUUGUGUAUUAAGCUUUUCAGAAUGCUUCAGUUAACUGACAGGUGGUUUGACAAUCAGGUACAACUGCAAGCUGUUCACAUAAAGACUGCACCUACUCUUGUUUUAAAAUGACACUGUGUAGCUAACAGAUGUACUAAAAAUCGUAUGUAUUCAAAUUCUAACUUCCAACUUCAAAUGCAUGCAGCUCUAUCCAGCAUACUCCAGCUUUGUCUUUGGUAACAUGAACAAUUUAGGCCUUCGGCUCUGAUAAGAAGUUAAGUGCACAGAUGACUGUGGGAACUGAAGUCAGUACAGUACUGCCAGGGAGGCUGGCUGCUGCUUACCCAGUUAACUUUGUGUUGAAGUACGUGAGGUACCUUCAAAUAGCCCUCUGCAAAAGCAAAAACAGUAAUAGAUCUAUUUGUCUUAAUGCUUUGGGCAGUGACUUCUACGACUACCAUUUCCUUUGGUCCAAGCAAGUUAGUAGAAAUUCUUGUUUCAGAACGUGGGUAUUGUAACUCUAGAUGAAGUUAGAUCUGAAUUAGUGUUACAUUUGCUUGGACUGUUGUAAUUUUCUAAUGAGCUUGUGUGUUGUAAUUCUUCUACUCAUUUAUUGUUACUCCCUUAAAACUGCAGUUUUCCAUGUCCGCAGUUGGAUGAUUUUGUUAAGUUUCAUUGAGCCACUGAAUGAAAUGUGGAAGUUUUUUGUAAAAAAAACCUUAAAAUUGGAGGGCAUUACCUUCUUUUGAAUUCUCUAGCUGAAAGCACAAAUUGAAGAAAGAAUUCAAAGUCAUUCACUUUUUCUUUAAGGACUGGAAAAUAUGAGAAGGCUUGUAUACAGGAAGUAGCACUACAUAUCUAAUCUCCAGAGCUUCUAUCUAAAUAUUUUAACAGAUUUUCUAAUAGCUAUUUAUCAUGGGGUAGCUAAUUUGCCCAGUGUCAAGUUUUCCUCAAGAACAGUAAAAGAUGUGUGCUUUGUUGUGCUUAAUACAAUACCAGAGAUGAAGCAAUUUCUCCACAAAAUCAAUGAACAUCUUUUCAAAUGUUCCCAUUAUCAUUCUAGAAAUGAAUUACUUAAACUGUGGCUUCAGAAAUGAAAAAUGAUGCCCAGAGCAGACAUGAGCAGCAAGAUUGCUGAAAAUUUAGCUAAAUUAAAAUGUUGCCUAUAUAGAGGGAUCAAUCAAAAUAUUUGUAUCUCCAAAUGUUGCAAGUGCUGCUUUAUUAUACACGUUAAUUUAAUGUCAAAUAAGCAGGCUCUUCUUUGAAAUGCAUGGCUACAAUAUGUUAUGUAAAUCUCUCAAAAUACAGUGGCUCAUAAUCUAUGUAAGAAAUAAACCAUAAUCACACACCAGAGUGAAACACAUGACAGUGUAACUGCUGCAUGGAUAUUCUGAUAAUAAAGUUACAUGAAAGAAACAUGUUACUGUAAAAUUAUUUGAGUAUAACAUACAGUAUAACAUGUAGAGGUAUUAGUUGCUGUUCUAGGGAAAAAAUAAAUCAAAUAAUGAAUUUAGAUGUCCACUUCCAAAAUCUAAUGGCUUUUAUGAGAGUCCCUGAGCCAGAAUUAAGCCUAAAGAUUUCAAAAAGGCAUAGUUUCACUCAAACUUAGUCAAGCCAACUACAGAAAAAAACAGAAGUGCCAGCCCAGCUAUGAAAGUGCCUGUCUUUCUCAUCUCAGAAGAGAUGAAGUGUUUCUGCAGGCGAAAUGCAGACAUUAAUACUAAGAAAGGUCAAAACCUGUUCUGUUUGCUUAGUGUCAGAAUUAGCUUAAUGACUCAUGCUUUCAGAGUAUUUCAUGAGAGCUACUGCAUCAAAAAAUACAAGCUGAGCUCAGCCUAAUAAAUCUUAUCUAGGUCCAUGCAGACAUUAUGUAUCUCAUUUUGCUAGCUGUAUUUCUUUUAAAUGCUACAGAAAGAUGCAAAAUGGAAUGCUUAUUCAUUACUCUUUAAUUCAUUUAAUUCCUAAUGAGCUGAAAGCAAUUACUGAUAUGGAAAUAAAAGUGCAUAUCAUUACUAAAUGCUAGUAAACAGAACAAACUUGUCAUUUAAUAAUACCUCAAUUUAUAGCUCUCCACUGCCUUGACCUUACGAUAGGUCAAAAAGGAAAUCUCUUCUUUACUACCUUCCCCAUCCAAGACUUUUGGUCUAAGUACUCUUGGCUUCUUCUGGGUGAGGCUGUAGAAGGAAGAGGAGUGGAUGAGAAUAAAAAUAGGAAGACAAGAGCAUAACUUUCUCAUCAGGAUCUCAACAGUCCUGUAGCAGUCCGUUCUGUUUGUCAGAACUGGCAUGCAAGUUAGCCUUGUUUUCUUCUGCUUUCCAGGAUGCCAACAUAAAAACAGGUAGGCCUUACUGCCUUUAUCAACUUUCAACGAAAACAUCCAGAAGACUCUCAAGAUGUGUAAAUAACAAAUGAGAUGUUAAU